CUCUUUCCUCCUCCUCAUCCCGCGUCCUCCUCCCUCCCUUCUCCUCCUCGCCUCCUCCUCCUCCUCUCCUCCUCUCCUCCUCUCCUCCCUCUCGUCCUCGUCGGCCUCCUCCUCUUCGUCCUCCUCCUCCUCCUCUUCCUCCUACUUCCUCCUCUCCCGAUGCUCGCGGGCGGCCGGCGGGGCGGAGACUCCUGGAUGCGGUCGCCAGGCCGCAGGCCUGGCGAGGCGAGCCGCAGCGACAUUGAAGCCCGCCUGAAGCGCUUCAAUGCGGGUCGGCUGAAGAACGUGGCCAUGGAAGGCGACUGGAGGGGCGUGGGCGAGCUCCUGGAGCAGAACGCCGACCCCAACGUCGAGGACGAGAAGGGGAAGCUGGCGCUGCACGCCGCGGCGUUCACGGGCAGCGUGGAGGUGCUCCGGCGGUUGCUGGAGGCGAGGGCGGACGCCAACAUGUCCGAGAGCAGCAGCGGGGACAGGCCUCUGCAGAUCGCGGCUUGGCAGGGGCACCGGCAGGCGGUGGACCUCCUGCUGGACCGGUCCGCCAAUACGGACGCCCCCGACGGCAGGGGUUGGACGCCGCUGUGCAGCGCCGCCAGCCAGGGGCACACCGCCAUCGUGCAGGCGUUGCUGGCCCGGGGGGCCGACCCGAACAAGAAGGUCACGGUGGAGAGGUGGGGGAGCGUGGCGCCCCUGGAGGUCGCGAAGGCGCAGAGACACAGAGACAUCGUGGAGGCGCUCCAGGCGGCUCUCGCGGCGAGAAAGGACAAGGCCUCUGCGUCGUCGCUGGCCGCCGCGAUAUUGCCGGCGCCCGGCGCCAACGGCGCGGGCGCGAUCGCCGCCAACUCUCCCGCGGCAAGGGCUGGUCGGGCAGGCCAUCUGUCGCGGCUGUGCGCCGGCUGCUGCUCCAUCUGCGGCCCGGCGACGCCAGGGACAAGGCGGUGAGGCCGUGCGGCGGGCUGUCCUGGCAUUUCGCGGGGCGCGGCCGGCUUCUACCUGUGAGAGCUGGCGGCCCCCUACGCGCGGACAGCGCCUUCGCGCCUGGGCUGUCCGUAGGCCUGCAGGCCGGGGCGGCGGGUCGGGUCCUCGGGAA